AUGUCUACUGUUGCGUGCAAUGGUGAAGAUGCUCUUUUCAUAGGUGAUUGGAAUGCCACUCCCGAAGAGGAACCUGCCCUUGGGCCGCUCCGCAGUGGCAGGCUCCAUCUUGCAGACGAUGUGGCUGGGCCUCUGCAACUGCAAGGACCCACGCGAACAAAUGGAAGGCACAUCGACUAUGCCUUGCACACCAGCAACCUGGUGCCGCGCAGCAAGCAUCAGACGACAGGACCAGCUGACCACGAUUUAGUCGUGUACACCUUCGAAGUGUUUAAUGAGGAGCCCAUUUUCAAGGUUGCCCCCCCACGCAAACUUCAAGCUCAAGUGCCCGUCCAGCCGGACGCAUGGAGUCAGCAUUUUCCACAGGACAGGUUUGACCAGGCACUCUGUGCAAAGGACGUGCAACACGCUUGGGACAUUCUUAGCGAUGCUGCUGAGAGCGUGCUUCAGCCCUGUCAGGGACGCAAGCGUAGUAAGAUCCCCCGACCUACCCAACCCGCCAAAGCCCCUGUAAAGCAGGAUGCACUUCAAAGCGUGCUGGAACGUAGACUGCGCAGGUUGCAUAGGAGGCUGCUGGAGUUCUUGAAAGGUUCUGGCCCUUGGAGUCUUCUUUGCAACAUACGUAACGACCUGCGGAAUCUGUGCCAUCGUUGUCCUGAGUUGUCAGAGUUUCAAGACCUGAACGAGGAUCUUGCGCAUGUCAUCAUGGGAUGCAUACAAAAAGAAAUGCAGGCGGCCAAGCAAGAUCGCCUGCAGCGAUGGCAAACCAGCAUGGAAGAAGAUGACCAAGCUCUCAUACGCUGGGUAAAAGGUGCAGAUGCGUGCAGUAGCCCGGCUGACGAUGACGUCCGGGUGCCUGUUCAUCCACAACUGAAAGCUGAGUUCUUCGCUGAGCAGUGGAAGCAGGUUUGGAACCCCGAUGUCAUUCCGGACCCGGGUGAGGUUAAUCCUUUUUUGGGUUGGGUUCCCCAGGGUGGGUUUAGUUGCCCGAAGCCUACCGUAACGGGGGCUGCCUUGAAGCACUGUGCCUCCAAGACCGUCGGUAAAGCACCCGGCGCUGAUGGAUGGAUUGGCGAGCACUGGUCUUUGCUUCCAAACCCUUUCUUCGACUCGCUGGCUGCGCUAUGGCAGCUCGUGCUUGAAGCGGGCGUUCUUCCUGAGCAAUGGACGCGUGUUAGAUGCGUGCUUAUACCUAAAGACGUUGGUUUCCGUCCCAUCAGUGUGGCAUCUCUUGCCUGGAGGGUGGGAAUGGGUGUUGUUCUUCAGCAAAUGACUUCAUGGAUUGACGAGUGGGCCCCUGCUGAGCUCACCGGAGGUUUGAAGGGUCGCAGCGCCAGUCAAGCCCAUGAGAGUUUGCAUGAGAGUCUGCAAAACAGCACGCUGUUUGGCGCAAAGCUUGACAUUGCUAAAUGCUUCGAUCAUGUGAGUGUUCCGCAGGCCCUUCAUGUGUGGCAGGUUCUAGGUGCACCAGAGUCUGUCACAACAGUGUUAUCCACUUUCUACGCCUCCCAGGUGAAAACCAUGGAAUGGCAAGGAGUUUCCGCCAAGAAUGCUUUUUCUUGCAAGAGGGGUCUUUUGCAAGGCUGCCCGUGCAGCGGUGCCUUGUUAGCAGGCCUGAUGGCCACGUGGGUCCAUCACCUCAAGGCUACGGGGCCAACCGUUCAUUUUUCUGUCUUUGCCGACGAUCGCACGCUUUGGUCCGAUACCUUAGGCAAUCUACAAAAGGCGGUCGCUGAGUCAGAUAUCAUUGACAAGGUUUUCGGUUUUAACCUCAACGGAAAAAAGUGCGAAUUUUUCUGCAAGUGCAGCCGCUCCAAAGCGGCGGGGCUGAAAGCGUGGAGCAUCAGCUCAAACCGCAAAUGGCCGGUGACAGCGCGGUUGCGCCGACUGCGCACUGCAACCAAGAACCAGCGCAGAAAGCAUGUGUGCGUACGGUCCUUGGUGAUCAGCCUUUUCGCUCACACAGGCCCGGAUUGUGAUCCUGAAUAUGCGCUCGACUGCAAAGUCACACUUCACGAGCUAUGGAGACUUCGCUGUGACCUUGCGGGCUUUAAGCAAGUCGAUGAGUUGAAACGCUUGUCUGAUGCUCCUCCCAGACUGCGCUCUGCCCGUUUUCUUGAAGUGCUCAGCAAGUGGCGUUGGCAGGCACUUUCUGAGACUCGGUAUGACACUCCGUGCGGUGAAAUUGACUUGCUUUUCGAUGGAGCCAGGACCGUCAAAGCAGCCAUGCGUGCCGGUUGGGAGCUCAAUCUGUGGGCCAAGGAGCCGCGCGCUGGGCAGGUUGAUCCUGAGCUUGCGCCCGUGAUCAGGCAGCACUGUGCUUGGCUCACAAACAGUAAUACCGCUACUCGUGACCUUUCCAGCUUCAGCGUGGCUCUAGGCGCUGGCAAGGAAGCCCGCAAGCUAGCUAAGCAACUUGAAGUCCCCUUGAUCACCUGCGCAUGCGGUGAACAGUGGCCGACGAGGCAUCAUGUGACGUGGCAAUGUGCUGAAGUGCCCAGAGACACUGAAGCUCCCGAGUUGCCUUCGUGCAAAUCUGAAGAAAGGCUUCUUAUCAGGUGCCUCCCGCGCCCGCCCAGGCCUGCAAACCGACGUGAUGAGUUCUUCGUUGCCAGUCAACAGAUCGUUGAUAUGCUUCGGCGUUGCGCUCCCUUGACUGUUGGCGGUAAAGUUCUGAUGGCCACCGAUGGCAGCUCCAAGGUUCUCAGCGGGCAGAGGCGCGCCGCUGGCGCCUGUGCUUGUGCCCAUGGCUCUCUGUCAUGGGCAAUGCAAGGUUGCGACCAGACAAGCUUCACUGCGGAAGCAGGGGGCGUCUUAAAGGUCUUCCAAGCUGCUCAGGCAGCCAGGGUUUCGGUGUGUCUUCUUUGUGACUGCCUGUCGGUCGUUCGGACUGCAGCUAAGGUCAUGCGUGGAGGUCCCCUGCCUGAUUUUGCUCCAGGCCUCUGGAAAUCCAUUGCUCUCACGGCAAAUGGGGCGGAGAUCCACUGGGUCCCUGCCCAUGGCAAGCAUCUGCAGUGGUUGCCCCCGCACAGCCUCGAUGCGUCAAGGUGUCGCCAGCUCAAUGAUGUGGCGGAUAGGUCGGCGCAGAACACGGCGUCAGAGGCCCUCACUUCGCUGACGUCAUGGAAACACGAUCAGGACCAGGCGGCUGCUUGGUCUCAAGCCGCUCUCUUGAGGCAGCGCUUUGCCUUGCGCUGGUUGGAGAGUCACGCGCGUUCCUCACUGCAUCUCCCUCCCGAUGCAGGCCCUAAUCCUCGUUAA